GAGUGAUCAAUUUAUAUCGGUCACUUUUUUGGAGCAGUUAAGUAAGGCCAUUAAACACUCAUAAGUGACACCUCUAUAUAGCGUUUGUCAACACUAAGAGCGAGUAUCAUUAUGUCACGGUCUGUCUGAAUAUUUCCUGCAUUCUUCUGAUACUAUCAGGGGCGUGUCCAAGCCCCUUUCAUUUCCUGAAAGUGCAUGUGUAGAACCUAAAAAAACACUUCAGCUGAACUAUAAAACUUUGCUUAAUCAAACGAUCCUGUUUCAGUUGUUCAGUCCACUGACAAUGGCCAAAAGACAUCUAAUGUUGCGGAUCUUCGCUCUGUGUGUUUCACUCAAACCCUCAGUUGGUCACAUUCCUGAACUAGAUGGAAAAAAGGUUUAUGAGAUUGUUCGACCAAUCAGAUUACAUGCACUACAAAAAAGAGAUUUAAAGUCAAGACCUGACACAGUGAAAUACGCUAUGACACUAGGCGGUAGAGACAUUGAAAUGCAUCUCCAGAAAAAUAAUGGCAUACUGACUAAAGACUAUAGUGAAACUUACUACACUAAAGAUGGGAUGCUUGUCACAACCACACCUGAGGAUCUGGAUUUAUGCUAUUAUCAUGGGAAAAUAGUAAAUGACAGUAAGUCGUCGGUUAGCAUGAGCACCUGCGAUGGAUUACGAGGCUAUUUCCAAACAGAGGAGCAGAGGUUUCUGAUUGAGCCGUUGUCUCAGGAUGGUGAUGGUGACCAUGCUGUCUCUAAGUAUGAAGAUGUAAAUGAAGAGACGCCUAGGGUGUGUGGAGUCACCAACACUAGUUGGGACGAGAGUGAGGAAGGCGCUCCUCCACGCAUUCUCAAAAGUCGUUCUCAUUCCUCAGGGCCAACUUUUUUCCAGCAACAAAAAUACAUUGAGUUCUUCCUUGUGGCAGACAACAGAGAAUACAAGAAGAUGGACAGCAAUCUUGAGAAGCUGAGAAAGAGGAUAUUUGAGAUCAUCAAUUACAUAAAUAAUGUAUAUAAAGAAAUCAACACAUUUGUUGCUCUAACUGGAUUUGAAGUCUGGACAGAUAGUGAUAAGAUAACAGUGUCUCCUGUUGCUGGAGAAACCUUGGACAGAUUUACCCAGUGGAGGAACAGCGAUCUCGUCAAAAGACAGCAGCACGACAAUGCCCACCUUCUCAGUGCAAUUGACCUUGAUAGCGCAACUGUGGGUCUAGCUCACAAUGGAGCCCUGUGUGGAGGUCUUUCAACAGGGAUUGUGCAGGAUCACAACUCGAAGGCUAUAUCAGUGGGGGCUACUAUGGCCCAUGAGAUGGGGCACAAUCUGGGCAUGAGUCACGACAGCAGCAGCUGCGUCUGUUCUGAUGGCACUUGCAUUAUGACAGCUGCCCUCAGCUAUUUCAUCCCACAACACUUCAGCAGCUGCAGUACUAGUAACUAUGUGGACUACCUGAACAACAAAAACCCAGAAUGUCUUCUGAAUAUGCCCAAACCAAAAGAAUUGAUUCAGCCACCUGUAUGUGGAAAUGGAUUCGUGGAGACAGGAGAAGAAUGUGACUGUGGAACGGUAAAGGAGUGUACAAACCAAUGCUGCAGUGCAACCACCUGCAAACUGACAGAGGGCUCACAAUGUGCAACAGGAGAAUGUUGUGAGAAUUGUAAGAUCAUGUCAGCUGCACAUGUGUGUCGUCCAAAAAAUGAUGACUGUGAUUUGCCCGAGUCAUGUACUGGAAAAUCAGCCUGGUGUCCUGAAGAUGUCUUUGCAGUCAAUGGAAUCCCUUGCAAGAAUGGUAAAGGCUAUUGCUACAAUGGCCAGUGCCCACAGAAAGAGGAGCAGUGCAUUAAAAUGUGGGGUCCAACUGCUGUGGUGGCUCGAGAAUCUUGCUACAACUACAACACAAGAGCAGAAUACUUCGCCUACUGCAAACAUAAUGGCAGUAAAUAUAUUGGAUGCCAAAGACGAGAUGUGAUGUGUGGAAAACUGUUCUGUGAAAAUGGCAAUGCAAGUCCCAAUUAUGGACGGCUGGUAAAAUUCAAAGAAUGUAAAGCCACAUUCUACAGCGAUCCUGAAAAUGAUUAUGGCCAAGUCGACACUGGCACCAAAUGUGGGGAAGGGAUGGUUUGUAACCAGAAUGAGUGUGUUGACCUAGAGACAGCUUACAAAGCAACAAACUGCUCAGCCAAGUGCAAAGGCCAUGCGGUUUGUGACCACAGAAUGGAGUGCAGAUGUCAACCUGGAUGGCUGCCGCCAGAUUGUGAAACACCAGCAGAAAGUGAUGGUUUGUCUAAAGGUGUGAAAAUAGCCAUUGCUGUGGUUGUCUGUGUCCUGAUUGGGAUACUUCUAUUUGGACUGGCCGUCUUCUUUUACAAGCGCAGAAAGAGCACACCACAUUCAUUCCGCCAUCCAAGGCUGCAGAAAGUUCAUGUAGUCGACAUCCCUGACUACAGCCUUCAGUCGACACCAAAUCAGAAGCCAUCUCCGGCAAUAAGGCCUACAGCACCUCCUCCACCUCCACCCUCUUCAGUCCAGUCCAGAGUUCUACAUAAUGACUUUAUAAAUGCACGGCAGGCUCUUAGACCACCUCCUCCAAGGGUGUGAUGUCUAGCACCUGUCAAACCUCAAGAAGUGGAACCAUGCAGCAGAUUGGAAUGGCCAGUCACUCCAGAACCUGCAGAAGUGUGUUAGGAGACUGAGGCUUAGUAAACCCUUCAAGAAAAAUCUAAUGUCUGUGAAAAUAAGCCACAUGCUUAGCAUAAAUAUGAGACUGACACACUGAGUUAUUAUUAUCAUUUGACCGUGUAAAAGAUUGUCUUUGAGUUAAAUAAUGAAUUUGAAGUCAGGUUUGUUUUUAACUGAAAAUGAUCUCUUUUUUUUUUAAUUUCAUUUUAUUUGUACAGUCUGUUUCUGUGUAAUUGAGCCUGCCUUAU